UGUUCUGUUCUUGCGCAGUUCAGGAUCAUUGGUUGAUGUGACAAACUGAGCAACUUCCUGGUUUUUAUUUUUCUCAAUUUGUUGUUAACUGGGGUGUUACACGACGAUAUACAAUUCUCUUAAUUCGCUAAAAAGGAAGGCAAUGCCAAUGGGUGUAUCAAUGGGGCAUCGGCAAAAACCCACAGAAGAGGAGCACAUCGUGCCCAAGGACCCAGAAAAGAGGAAGCUGCCCCGGAAGGACUAUGGAAGUACCAGUAAUGACGGCUGCAGCAACUGCCCCACCUGUCGAGGGACAGGGCGCAUCCCACGAGGUCAGGAAGCCCAGCUGGUGGCAGUCAUCCCCUGCAGUGACCAAAGACUGAAGCCCCGACGCACGAAGCUGUACGUAUGUAUGUCAGUGGUGCUGUGCCUCUUCAUCUGCACACUGAUCCUCUUCUUCCUCUUCCCACGGAGUGUAUCGCUGUCGCCUGUGGAGCUGAAGUCAUCGUACGUCUUCUUCACCCCUAACACCGUUCAGAUGAAUCUUACGAAUGUCCUGAAUAUUACCAAUGAGAACUUUCUUGCUGUCCAGGCCUGCAACUUGGACCUACAGAUCCUGAUUGCUGAUACCAUUGUGGGAAAGAUCAAAAUUGCCAAUGUCACCACAAUCACACCACGCUCCCAGAAAGUGUACACAUAUGGGAUUCCCAUUACAAUUGCAGACCCUGGCUUGAACAAUUAUUGCAAGUCGACCUCUUUCAGAAUUCACACCUUGUUUUUGCAUUUACAGAUGACAAUGAAGGUGUUUUAUCUGGCACACUCCGAGCAGUUGUCCAUGGAUACGUUUCAGUACGUUGAUUGUGGGAAUAACUCAACCAUCCCCCAUGACGCUUAGCCCCUCCAUCCCACGAUCGCGGUAUUGUGAUGUGCCGUGGGUAUGAAUUGACUCUGGAAUGGCUGAACUCCAUUGUUAGGAGCUUUGGGACUCCUCUUCUGCUGGGAGCGCCAUCUCCAUGUCUCUGCAUCAGCAUCAGCAAUUUGAUGUAGUUAACUGUGAAUUGUGUAAAAAGAAUGCCACCAUUUGAAAGAGAUGUCACUCCAGCCAGAACUAGUGGUGUAAAUACGUUGCCGGAUGAUAAUACAUCCAUAUUGUGUGAUCCUUGUAGGAAUUACAUCUCUUUUUAUACAUAGUACUCCCAUUUUAGGGGACCAAAAGUACUUGGACAGUUAGCUUCUCAGCUGUUUAUUAUUAGGCAGGUGCAUUCAAUCACUUCCUUCAUGCAGGUAUAAUAAAGUUUUCAAUAUCUAGUCUUGAUUCUAGGCUUUUGAUUGCCUUUGUCAACAUGAGGACCAAAGUUGUGCCAAGUUGUGUCAAAGAAGCCAAAUUGUACAAUUGUCCAAAUACAAAAGGACUGCACAGUAUAACACUCAAUGACAACUGUAUUAGAUAUUUAUCGGACAUAUUUUUUGGACUUACUGGUCUUCUGCUGCUGUAACUCACUUCAAGGUUCAACGUGUUGUGUGUACAGAGAUGCUCUUCUGCCUACCACUGUUGAAAUGUGUUGCGAGUUACUGUUGCCUUCCUGUAAACUUGAACCAGUCUGCCUAUUCUCCUCUGACCUCUUUCAUUAACAAGGCAUUUUUACACACAGAACUGCCACUCACUUGAUGUUCGUUUUCGCAACAUUGUCUGUGAACUUUAGAGACGGUUGUGUAUGAAAACCCAAGGAAAUCAGUAGUUUCUGAGAUACUCAAACCACCCCAUCAGGCACCAACAAUCAUUCCAUGGUCAAAGUAAGAUCAUAUUUCUUCCCCAUCUGAUGUUUGGUCAGCUGAAUCUCGAUCAUGGCUGCAUGCUUUUAUGCAUUGUGAAUUGAUUUCUGCUUUUAUCAAAAUGUACAUGCCAGUUCUUAUUUCUAAUUUUCCCUUUUUGAAUAUGUUUAUCAUAUAUGGGAUCUGCCAUUUUUAUUGAAAUGGCUCAUUUUAGUGCCAUUUUAAUUUCCAUAACAAGUAAUGUUUAGUGUGAAUAAUAUAAGCACUGCGCAAUUUCACCGUUGAUCAUUUAAAAUAGUUCAAUGGACGUUGCAAGGACUUUGAUUUCCAGAAUAAAUAACAGCAUCUCGUUUAAUUUUGGUGUACUUAGAUGAUACACAGUAAGUAUCAUCCAGUGUUUCUGAAAUGCACAGAUGAUGCACUGUGUACAGAUAUUUACAGUAUAUUGUCCAAAGUUGACCAGCAAUAUUUAGCAGAUGGCAAUAGUGGCUCCUCCACUAUACGCAAGUUUGAUUUACACUUUAUUAAUACAUUUAAUAUGGGGUUGUCAUGACACCAAAGUUUACAAGUAAAUUUUCAUUUGGCAAACCUUUUAGUGUAAUGUAAUGCCAUUACACCUGGUUGCAUUAAAUACAGUGUAUUCUUUGAGGAACUGAAACUUAAUUACCAUGUUUCCCCAUAAUUUACAGGUGGGACAGAUUUCUAUUUAAAGCGAUCGGCCAGUAGGUGGGGAUCAGGCUGUACACUCUAAAAACUCUUCAAUGAAAGUAAAAGCAACAUUUGUCAACACCUGAUUGGGAUCACAUUUUUGGAAAUAGCAAAUAAUGCAUUGUACCCCAUUGAAAUAUAAGUUCCCAUAUUAGAUGUUUUGGAAAUAAAUGCUUUAACGGUAAAGGGAUAUUUUAUGUAUGUUUGGUUUUACCUCAGAGGGUGUGCACUUUACUGUGUAAUUGCAAAUAUCUUAUGUAUCAUUUAUCAUUUUAAUAUGUUGAUUUGCAGUAUACUGCAUGUAUAUUCAUGUGCACAUUUUGAUUGUGAUUUUAUAAUUAAAUAUGAAGAAUAAAUAUGAAUUUUUCCUGUUCA